UGUUCCUCUCGCCACAAAGAUGGUUGGUGGUUGCCAGAGCUGCUUCUUAACAUACAUUUCUGUGCUACUUCUUGGCUGCUUCCUCCAUGAUGUGGAGGCCUCCAAUCCUCAACGUGAAAUCCACACAAAAGUUGGAGACACUGUAGAGUUGUCAUCAGGCUUAUCGACUGAAGGGCUCACCGUGGCAGACUGGAUAUAUGAAGGGAUCAAAAUUGCAGACGAAGAGGGUGAAUUCAAAAAUACUCAAUUUGAUGGCAGAUUAGAAUUGAACCCAGACAAUUUCAGUUUAACAUUGAAAGGAUUGACCCUCAAAGAUUCUGGUGGAUUCAGUUUUAUCUCAGCCAAGAGAACAGGCCAACGCCCAACAGUCAUCAUCACCCUGCAUGUUCAUGAGCCCAUAACUAAGGAGCCCAUCGUCAAUUCCAGUUCCACCUGGCACACCUCGAACGAAUCCUGUACAGUUCUGCUGGAGUGCAGUGCAGCCACUACUGGCAAUGUCACCUACCAGUGGACCGUGGGAAACAAAACCUUCAACGGCUCCAGGCUGCAGCACAUCAUCAGACGACAGGACGAAGACAGCAAAUUCACCUGCACAAUUUCCAAUGUUGUCAGUGAGAUGUCGGCAAUCAAAACAGUGACGUGCAGCAACACUACAUCGCCAGAAAGAGUGAAAACACCAUCAUCUGCAGGAACAGGCUUCUUCUUUGCCCUGAUUGUGGGAGCCGGAGGUUGUCUGCUGGUUGCCGUUAUAGUUGGAGCAGCUGUGUGUGGUUAUCGCCACAAACAAAGUCAAGCAGUCGUUGACUCAAAUGACCUCACAGUGUAUGCUGAUAUUACUGAUGUUGCAAUCGGGGAUAAGCCAUGCUCACUGUAUGAAACCAUUGAUAACAGAGGCAACACGGUCCCACCGGGGCCCAAUACGGUGUACGACAAGAUCCAGUUAAAUCGCGUGAGGAAUGAAUCGGUGUCGCCCUAUCAAGAAAUUUCCUAGAGGGUCAUAGCAUGAUGUAUAUAGAAAAUAUCAGUAAAUACAAUAAGCACAAAACGGACUACAAGAAGGUAAUGUCAUACUGUCUUUGGCCUUAAAGGAUUUUUUACUUUCCCUUUAUCACAUUCAAAAACAACCUUUAUUAUAUCUCAACUGCCAAAUCUACAGGAUCACAUUUUAUUCGAUGAACAGUGUUGUAAAAAUUUGUAAAUAGAGAGGUUAUAUAUUUUUGUAAUAUCCCAUGCAAAUCGUUUGUGCAUUCACCCUCCUGAGGCCUGCCUCAUUUUUUGAAGCCUGCUGUGCAAAUGUCUUCAUAUUAAAUGACUAUAAUACAUUA